CGAGGCUGGGACGCAGGCCGGAAGUGUGCGAGACCCAAGGCAGAGGCUUGAGUGGCUGGGGGCGCGCGCUUCCGGCCCGUGCGCUGUCGUCAGCGGAUGCAAAGGGCUCCUCGGCAGACUCUCCCGCCUUCGCCUUACGUGCUCCCCCAACUCGGAGGCGCUCAGUUUGGGCUCAUCUCACCGUAGGCCGUGACGCCAUGAGCAACAAAGAAGGAUCAGGAGGGUUCAGGAAAAGGAAGCAUGACAAUUUCCCACAUAACCAGCGAAGAGAAGGGAAGGAUGUUAAUUCAUCUUCACCUGUGAUGUUGGCCUUCAAAUCAUUUCAGCAGGAACUUGAUGCAAGACAUGAUAAAUAUGAGAGACUUGUAAAACUUAGUCGGGAUAUAACUGUAGAAAGUAAAAGGACAAUUUUUCUGCUCCAUAGGAUUACAAGCGCUCCUGAUAUGGAAGAUAUAUUGACCGAAUCAGAGAUUAAAUUGGAAGGUGUCAGACAAAAGAUACUGCAGGUGGCGCAGGAGCUCUCAGGAGAAGACAUGCAUCAGUUCCACAGAGCUAUUACUACAGGACUACAGGAAUAUGUGGAAGCUGUCUCUUUUCAACACUUUAUCAAAACACGAUCACUUAUCAGUAUGGAUGAAAUUAAUAAACAGUUGAUAUUUACAACAGAAGACAGUGGGAAAGAAAAUAAGACCCCCUCAGCUGAUGUGGAGGAGAAGCAGUUUGAUUCAUGGGAACUGAAGAUCACGCCUGUCGAUUACCUCCUGGGAGUGGCCGAUUUAACGGGGGAGUUGAUGCGGAUGUGUAUCAACAGUGUGGGGAACGGGGACAUUGACACCCCCUUUGAAGUGAGCCAGUUUUUACGGCAGGUUUAUGACGGCUUUUCAUUCAUCGGCAAUACUGGACCGUACGAGGUUUCUAAGAAGCUGUAUACCUUGAAGCAGAGUCUGGCCAAAGUGGAGAAUGCUUGUUAUGCCUUGAAAGUUAGAGGUUCAGAAAUUCCGAAACAUAUGCUGGCGGAUGUCUUUUCAGUUAAAACAGAAAUGAUUGAUCAAGAAGAGGGCAUUUCUUAGAAUAGCCUUUCUCAGUUAUUAUUCUCCUAAGAGAGACCAGUUUGUAAGACUGUUAUUUAGUAUUUUAUUUGAUUUUACUGUGGCUUUUACAUAGAAAAAUUUCAGUUGUACUUGUUUUAAAUUAUAUACAAGCUGUACAUAAAAUUAUUGAAAUGAAUCAUUUUCUAUCUUACUCAUGAAAGUUUGCAUACAGAUGUUUGCAUAUAUGCCUAUUUGAACUUUUGCUGGCUAAAUUUCAUCACUUUGUGAUGUGAACAUGCUUCAGAGCACUUUCUGCCAUAUCUGUUUUAAUUGACUUUGUGUGAAUUUUUGCGUGGUAAUAAUUAGUGGAAGCCAUUUAUAAUUUAAGUUGGUGGUUUUGUUAUAUGUGAAAAGGUUUCUUAGUUACACAUCUGUGACUUGAGCUUUUCAUUUAAAUUUCUUGGUAAUAUUGUGUCAAGCCUCUAAAAUAGGCUUAUUCCAUAGAACAGAAUUAAACAUCACUAAGUUACCAAUAUACUUUAGUUUUAUGUGGCAUUGUGGUAAGAAUUCACAUUAUAAUCUGACUACUUUAGGUCAUUUUGAAUCCAUUGGAAACAGCCUUUCAGAAAAGUUGACAGAUAGCCAGAUGUUAGUUUCUACAUUUAACUUUUGUUCUUUAUCACAGAAAGUCUGACAGAGAAUUGGAGCUAAUACCGUAAUAUUUCCACUGAUGUUUGAAUUGAAUUAUAUACUUGUACAUACAACUGAAAAGCUUUUAGUAAUGAUUACUUAGCAACUUUUUUGUUGUGUUAUAGUAACACUAGGCAUGUUUAGAGACUUUCCUAUUCUAGCAUCUAUAAGAAAUUACAUUUAAUUAUAAUGAAGUUUUGAAAUUUUUGAAAUACUAAGGUAAUCAAACCUUUAUAGUUGUCCAGUUGUGUUCAAUGAUAGUAUAAAAAGUUGCCAAAGAAAAUUUAUCCUGUACAAUUCAGCAAUAAGACAAUUGUCAACACAGUUGGGAAUAACAGUGGUAGUCUCUAGUUACAUUUAGGAUUGGAAUUUGCCUACUGAAAUUAGUUAUAGAUUAUUCCCUGUGAUGUGAAACUGACUUGAGCAGACAUUUCCAUUUGAUUUUAGGAGUUUUGAGAAUCUCCAUACUGGAUUUUAUUUUUGGAAAUAUUAGUUACUCUUUUUAAGGGCCAAUUCUUUGAAAAUGUAAUUUUCCCCAAAACAUUACUUGAAGGGGGAGGGAAAAAAACCCCAUAGGCAUACCUAAUAAAUUAGGUUGGUUGGUGAGUUUUGGUGGCGGUGAGUUUUUUUGGUUUCCCUAUUCAAAGAUAUAUCACUGAAAUGUAGUCUCAUUACAUAUUUAUGUUUCCUCUGCCAUUUGAUGUUAAAUUUAUGUUAAAAGUAAAAUAAAAUGCUGGCACCACCUAUUCAAAUUCUAAAGUCUGAAAUUAUAAUUACAGUAUUUUUAAAAUUGUGCUCGGUGUAUACAAGCAAGCUGUUUUCACCCAAUGCACAGGAUGUUAGCUUUUGUAAUAUAAACAUACAUGUUAGAAAAGUAUAUAUUAUCUGCCUUAUUAAAUAUUCCUUGAAAAACAAAAAAAAGUAAAAUAAUAAUGGAUUGAUGACUAUCUUACAGAUGCUUAAAACUGAAGUCUUUGAAUAAAAUACUAAAACAUAAA